AAAAUUGAUAAAUUUCAAAUGCUUUCAGCGUUAUUGUCCUGACAACGGAGUGUGAGAAAACAUUUGAAUACUAGCAUUGCCAACACGAUAAAUGAACACACAUGAUCAGCCGGAAGCAGUCGCUGCUGACAGGUGGCGACACACCACUGCGGCUGCAGAGACGGAGCAGAGGUUCGCACCGGCCACGUGGCACGGCGAAGCUGCAGACCGACCGCAUUACCGGAGGCUGCCGCGGCGAGUCGGAGAGAGACUGCCGGUCCGAUACAUGCCGCUGUGCCGGAGCUCACCUUCGACACUAGUAGGACAGCUCUGAGAAUGGUUGCAGGAGAUGGUCAGGGGAAGAAUAUUGAUGAUCUCCCAGAUGAAAUAAUACUAGAUGCAUUUUCAUUCUUCAGUUUUAAUGAGCUUAUAGACAUCUUGCAAAAUGUGUGUGUGCGAUGGAAGAGAUUGGCACACGACCCGGUGCUCUGGCGUGGCAAAGAGUAUAUCAUCAGAGGAAGGCUACAGUGUGGAACCCUGUGAGACAUCUUCCAAAAGUCGAGGAACGUCAACCUGGGCACCAGUAUUUGCUGCCUUCAAGAUCUUGUGGAUUAAUUCACUGGCACAGAAUGGGAGGAGCUGCUGCGGUGUCACCUGCUCCGAGUGCGCCCACUGCAGGUGUGAGAAGACGGACAGAGAGGUCUUACGGACAGCCGGUAUGAUGCCACAACUCCGGACACUUACGAUGAUGCGCGGUACCAGAGCUCGCAUCUUACGUAAGAUCUGCAGGAACUGUCUGAAUCUCACAACUUUGCAGCUUCACGGCUGUCAGAAGAUGAACUACUCGCUCCUGAAGUACAUAUUUGAGAAGUGUCCGAAGAUUGAGAAGCUGAUAAUCGCCAACAACUUACUGGCCGACCGACAGUACGCGGAGUUGGUGUCGCGCCUGGAACACUUGCAGAGCCAGGAAGUGUUCGAGAAUCGGAGAGGUGCGGGGCCCGUGGUGCUGCGCUUCCUGGCAGACACCCGCUCGAAGUUGCGGGAGAUAAACCUCAGCUGUGACUACCACCCACUGGAGGACGUCGAGUACUUCGUGAAGGCCAAGAGGGACACACUCACUUCUGCCACCAUGCGCUGGACCAUGGCAGGGAAGAGAUGUGUGGUUCCCGUGCUGAAAGAGGCCGCCAGCUCUCUCGAGAAACUGCAGCUGCGCCUCUUUGACGUGGCACCCGAGGAGGAGGCCGCGACGUUUGCAGAUCUCGGAGAGCUGCACAACCUGCGUGAACUGCACUGCAACCAGCUCUGCCCGCACCGGCCUCGCCUCAUCUCUCUCGCCUUCCAGCCCGGCUGCCUACCACUGCUGCAGAAGUUGGACCUGCCGCACGCCACCGACCUCCCGGGUGACGCGGUGGUCACCAUUUCUCGGGGGUGCCCGUCACUGCGCCACCUGAGCCUGACUUUUGCGACGAGUCUCACAGACGGAGCACUUGCCGAGAUCCACCGUCUUAAACACUUACAGAUACUGGAUCUUUCCGGAUGCAGUGGGCUGGGCGGAUCUUCCGUGGCGCACGUGGCGCAGCUGCCGGCCCUCCGCACGCUGCUCCUCCAGUACAUUGACGACCUGACAGAUCUGCAGCCGAGCCUACGGCACGUCCUGGACUUGAAGCAACUGCGCUGCCUCGAUAUCCUGUACAGCGGCCACAUCAGAGCUGUGCCAUUUGAAGAAUUUUCUGUCAGGCUCGUGAACCUCAGAGAACUACAUGUGACGUAUGAGGAAGAGGAUGAGGUUUUCUACAAAAAUGUUUUUGCUGAGAUGCAGAGUCAAAUGCCUCGGCUCAGGAUAAUUAAUACUUUCCGAUGGACAGAGAAUGACUUCCUAACAGAUUACGAAACGGAUGAUGAUGAUGAUGACACCGACAUAGGGUACUGAGAAAUAAUUUUGGUUUUCAGACUGCAGAAUGUAACAUUGGAGCCCCUGGAUGAGUGAACUGUUUGAAAAGCAAGUAAAAGACAAAAUAUGGAUUUAUGAAAUUAUUGUAUAAGAGCCAAGAAAGUGU